AUGUGGGCGGAUGGUCCUGUCAAAUCUGACAAUUAUCUGUUCCCCAGUGAUCACUUUGGGCUCUUUAUCGACAUUGUUCCUGGAGUACCAGGUGAAAGUAGAGAAGCAAAAGCAACAAUGAUGUCUAUGGGUGAGCCGGAUCCAUCUGUCGAAGAGAUUCUGUGCCGCAACGCUCGGGAAGGCACAGAACUGCAAGCGUAUCGGCCUGGGUUACUGUGGUCAACAGUAGCGUUGGCAUAUCACACGGUAUGGCUUGCAGCUGUGGCCGUCGGUCUGAGAGAAGAUAUUCAAGAGCUCGAACUCUGUUUGCAAUGUGAACAUGAUGGAAAGUUAAAUAAUAAAUUAAAAUUAAAAUUAAUAGAUAGUCUCUCAAUGCGCCACGAGCCGAAAGCAUUUGGAAACACACAUUCACAGAAGUUUUUUGGUCGAAGUGCAAACUUACCUUCAAAGUAUCGUUUUACCUUCGUUUUACUACAGCUCUUUUCAAUACCUCAACUUCUUCUCCUCAAUUUGUUACUGAAAUAUUAGCUUGAAAAAGUGACAGAGAAAGGUCCAGAGGUACACGAGACAGUUCAAACUGUUCGUUGACUGUAGGUCUUCAGGUUUACUUUGUUCCUUGCGCGAAAACAUACAAACAUACGAUAGUGCAACUGCACGAACGAAAUUUGUUUCUUAAACCUCUAAAUAUUGAGCGUUAACUAAGUUAGAAUUCAUUUACGCAGCGAUGUUGCACUAUCUACAUCGAACGUCUCGCAACACACCUGAGUUUAAGUUUUAGCAAACAUGUGAGCUGAACUCUUUUUCUGUACACACUGUUCUAUCAUAUCCGCGAGGAAGCAUACUGAAACACUUCUAUCGCUUGGAAGUUUCCGACAGGUUUUCUGGAAAACCCGACCCCGGUUUGCUUUGACCAACCUGGUUUCACAGCUUCUGUGAGAUUUAAACGCAAUUCUGAGUCCAGUCUGAAAAUUUCAACAAGUUUGGAUGGAAAGCGACUGACUUAUCAGCGUUUUAAUUUUGUAAGAUUUUUAGAAAAGUUUUUCUACAAAAUUUCGGCUUCGCUGAAGGUUGCUUGACUCCCAAAUGAAAAUAAGCAUUGCCACGAUGGGCAAGACACAGGAUAACCUAUGUACCAUGUGCUUUUGGAGCUAUCAGAGGUGUCUGGAUCGAGAAAGGUACCUCGCCGGAGAAAACCAAUAACUACAGGACCAUCCAUGCUCGAAAGCUGAGACUGGUCUAGAAAUGAAAGAUAACUUCCAUAUUAUCGAAUCUACUAUUUUGGAUUCAAAAUCCAACAUUGUUUUGAUUAAGUGCAAGCUUUCGUAGAAUGUCCACGCAACGUUUACCACUUUGAAGUAGUAUUUUUGCUAAUAUUUUUACAAAGGCUCGAAGCCCCCAUCUUUUGGUUCUCUUGUACUGGAAACUGUAGCUGUAUAGCUCUUUUCUGUUAAAAGUUAUAAGAAUUUGAAUGGACUGCAUUAUAUUUUGAAACGUAUAAUAGUCUGUUUCUACUUCGAAUUGCUGGCAAGAAAACAUAAUUGAUUGAUUCUAUUUGAACUAAGACUGUGUGGAAUCAACGAGUUUUUAAGGUAAACGUACUUUGCGCGCAGUCCGCUUUGUGACUAGUAGAAAGUAGUUUGAUUACUAGUAAUUAAAACACAUCAUGUAUUAACAUAUGGAUUCAAUGGUUCCCGAACUCAGCUGGCUCUUUCGUUAUUUCUGUACUUUUCAUUACUGGUUUUGCAAUUGUCACCAUCUCCACUCUGUCUUUUUCGAUCGAACUUGUAGUAUAGGUUCUUCUUUUUUAUGUGCAUCGAAGUAUCCUUCAUGCUUGAGCAGACAUGCAAUACGUUUCUUUUAAAUUUUGUUGCUGCUAGUGGUAUAAGGUCAAGUUUUUAAUGCACAUAAGAUCUUAAUUGUACAUUAAAGGGUGGAGGAAUGGAAACCAAAUUGAAUGGAUAAUUAUUUCCAUCAAGUACAGAGGUAAUGAGUCAUGAAAAUGAAAAUG